AUGGCAGAGACAACUCUAGCACAACAGAUAGCGAUCACCGGACUAGGCAACGACCAGUUCAUCUCAGUCCACCACCCAAUCCGAAUGGGUGCGCUCGCGUCCUUCGUGUACGGCGGAAACACUUUGGGGGUAGCCAUCAACGCAGCCUACCAGACAGUAUCCCCAUCGCACCAUCUGUACUCUAUAUCCGGACACUUCGUACGGACCGCCCGCGACGACCGCAAACUCCUCUGCCGGAUAGAGCGCAUCCGAGACACGAAAAGCUUCCAGACGAGACACAUCCGAGUAUACCAGGAAGAGGACAACAGCUCGACACCGGCACUGUGCCUGCUCGCGUCCGCAGACUUCCACACGGAGGAGGACGCCUCUAUGGCGCUAUACUCCGCAACACCCGAAACAGCGACCCGCAAGGACGACCAAUCGUCCGUCCCUCAAGACCGCGACAUCAACCUCCUCUACCAGAACAUCACGCGGUUUACGACGGCGCACCCCCUCCCGACACCCACCUCGCGGCUCCACGACGCGCCCUCGAGGAUAAGCGCGGAGCGAUUCCACGUUCCCACCCCGCUUUCGUCCGAAGCGGAGCAGAUCGCGGCACUCGCCUUCCACAUGGAUAAAGGGCUAGCGUUCAUCCCCGUCUCGCACAGUGGACACAUGCUCUCGCAGGUGGGGGCGUGCGCGACGCUGGACUUUUCGAUGCGGCUGUCGACGCAUAGGGUGGAUCUCAGCAGGUGGCAUACUAUGGAGCAGAAGACGAUUGUUGCUGGUAAUGCGCGGGCGUUGAGUGAGGCGCGGGUGUGGGAUGAUGUGGGGGGGAAGUUGGUUGGGACUAUGAGCCAGCAGACUAUUUUGAGGCCGGGGCGGCUUUAG